CAACACCAUCACGUUUGGGGAGGAAGUCGAAACCUUUGAGCGGUGAUUGGAAAAUUUAAGAAUGACCGACUGGUCGAGUGGUCUCUGUGGCUGUUUCGAAAAUGUUGGAAUCUGCUUCAAGGCGUUUUUCUGCCCAUGCAUCGUUGCAGGGGAAAUUGGGGAAGCUCUUGGAGAAAGCUGCUUCUGGCACUGUUUCGCAUCCACAUUAUGGUUGCCAGGAGUCUUAAACGGGGCGGAAAACCGCGGAAAACUUCGGGCGAUGUAUCAGAUCCCGGGUUCGUAUUGUAACGACUUCCUGUUACACUUGUGCUGCCAAGGGUGUUCAUAUGCUCAAGAAGCCAGGGAAAUUGCAUUCCGUAUGCCGGCUGGUGGCUCCAUGGCAAGAUCCUAGAACCGAGUUUUCUGUUCGCUGUGUGUGAAAACUUGUGUUAUCUACUCCUAUCAGUGUGUCUAGGUGUUACAGAACUUUGCACGGUUCGCCGUGAGUGUUUUUGUUUUAUAUUCUUUAAAUGAUAGUAGUCACACGGGGAUAAAACAGGAUGCAACGCUGUUGUAGCGCCUCGUCUUUUCUUUAGGAAUAGGCAGAUUUGCUUAGCCAUGUUCAUAAUAUCAACUACAUAUUGUAACUGAUAAGCUUCUGAUUCAUUACCUUAAAAAGCCAGAUCUGACUCAAAUAGAUCCUCUUCAAAAGAGACGACCGAAAUUGAAUUCCACAGUUUAAGAUGAGGCUCUCUUGACGAAUGACAAUUUGAAAAAACCUUAAGGCGUUGUCCAAGUCAGAAUAGGGGGAUAUUUCAAGUAGGUUAAAAUAAUAAAAGGGAAUAAGGGCCUGGAAAUUCAUAACAACCUCACUUUAUGGACAUCUUUUGGACAUUUUUCUUCCAUGUCGCUUAUCGUUUGAAUUGUGAUUAAAACUUCUUGGAUAAAGUAAAAAUUUAUUUUGACAAAUCUUCGGAAAAUAAUCCCAUGGGGAAUGCUUUUGUUGUCGUUUUUGUUUUUUUUUUUUAUUUUACUGACCUCGUAAUGCAGUUUUUAUCAUUGGUCUUUGUUUCCAGUCGCCAAUUUGAGGAGAGUCUAUUAACCCAUUCACUCCCAAGAUCUCAUUAGUAAUGCUCCUCAUUAUCUGCCAUACAAUUCUUAUAGAGUUGGU